AUGAGUGAAAAGAUGAGUAACGGUCGCUCGCCUCCUCGUAUUGAAGGAAUGAUUUCCUUGAAGGUUGAUAAUCUUGCCUAUAGGACAACGGUUGAUGAUUUAAGAAAAAUAUUUUCUCGUUAUGGAGAUGUUGGGGAUGUUUACAUACCCAGAAAUCCGUAUUCAAUGGAUAGUCGGGGUUUUGCAUUUGUAAGAUAUUACAACGAGCGCGACGCUGAAGAUGCAAUUCGGGGAAUGGAUGGUCGUAAAAUUGAUGGUAGGGAAAUUCGUGUUCAGAGGGCUAUGUAUGGAAGGCCGAAUUCACGUCGUCGUGGCGGCAGGCGUUCACCAUCUCCAAGACGCAGGCGCUCAAGGUCUAGGUCAUACUCUCCAAGACGUAGAUCUAGUAGGGACCGUCACGGGAGCAGUGGUUAUAGAAGAGACCGUUAUCGUGACAGUAGAUCUCGCUCUCGAGAUCGAUAUUAA